UUCCUUCCAAACAAUAGCUAGAGUAUAUGGAAAAUUAUCAUAUCUUGUCAUAACUUCAAAACGCAAUUCAUGUACUAAUUUUCUUGUGUUUGACAAGCAAAUAGUGAAACAAAUUUCUAUUUCAUUCCAGGGCAUUUACAGAUAAGAUAGGACUACUCUACAAGAAAAUAUAACUGACAUGAUGUAUCAGAGCGUAGCUCUAUAUUUGACAAUCGCAUAUCAUCCUGAUUAGAAAAAUGGAAAUUCAAACAAAUGAGAUAAACACAUCGAAGAGCUGUGAUGAGCCACACUACCUUGAACACUACCUCAGACAUAUAUUGUUAUUGGAACAAGCUUCGCCCAUCGCAUUGAAGGCCAUCAUUGAAAGAGAAGAGAAAAAAUAUGGGAAGGAUAUUGGUAGUUUGCUAAAUGAAAAUAGACAUACAAUUAAAACACAUUACGAAACAGAGUUUUUUCAAUUAUUUCAAGAAGAUGAUGUCAAUGCCGACACUGAUAAGUGGGACACGCUUCAAUUAUGUGCUGUAACAUUAGCUUUGUUUAAAUCAGGUCUAACUAAUGCAGAAGUUAAAGCUAUUCAAUGUAUAUAUGAUCAGAGGAAAGAUAUUGAACAUAACGGAGAAAGUACCUCCCUAACAUACAAUUCCUACGAGGAGAAACAAAAUUUAUUGCAUGAACAAUUACUCGAGUUGAUAACACUCAUAGACGACCGAGCUAAUCAUGAUUGUAAACGUAUGGUGAUUUCAAUUAAACUAAAGUCAAUGAAAUUAAGCAAACGACAGAUAAACAAAAUAACAUGGACGAACGAUUUCAAAAGUCAUCUUGAAAUUGCAAUUGAUUUAGUAACAGAGACUGAUAUUACUGGCGAAGAGAAAUAUUUAAAGCUCCACACGAAUGGUAAAAUGUUCACUGAGGCACUUCAGAAUAAGACUGUCUUCAUUAAUGAUUCAGCUAUUUUGGCAUGUAAACUCAAUAUUCCAACAGAUGAAAAUGUUGAGUGGAGGAAAGAUAACAAGCCGGUGACAAUUUCAAACAAUCUAAUGGUCAUGAGCAACAAGGAAAAUCACUGGUUAGCGAUUUCCCGUGCAUCAUUGGAAGAUACGGGUCAAUAUACGUGUGUAUGCGGAAAUAUUUCAACAUCAGCUGAUCUUACUGUUAUAGAUGAAGAAUUAGAAUUAAGCGUUGAUUCGCCUAACAAGAUUGAUGUGAUUGAGAAUGAAACCAUUAAUAUCAAGUGUAAAGUGAACCGGCUAACGAGAAAACCAGAUUGGCGACACAAAGGGAAAGUUCUACAAUCAUCUGGUAGAAAGGUUAUACUAGCCAAGGGUACUAAACACGAAUUGAUGAUCACAAAUGUAACAUUACAGGACGAGGGGGAAUAUACAGUUGACUUUGAGAAUGUCUCAUCUAAAACUACAGUUCAGAUACAGGGGGAAACAGAUCUUAUUCACAGAAAACAGAUAACACAAGAAUUGUAUAGAAAUUGGGUGAGAGGAACUCUUGCGCUUAAAUACUUGAAAAUAGGUUUAGAGGGUUUUUGCGACAAGGCUGUUAACAUACAGCAUAGUGCUCUGAUGAAAACACUUGGAAACACCUGCAACACUUGUACAGUGGAAAGUCUUCUCCCACAUGAAAAGAAUCAAUGCCCACAUAAAGGAAAACGUAAAUGCUUAUGUACCAAGAAUCACAACAAAUCAAGACAAAUUUGUCCAAAUGGGCGAUUUUGUGGCCACCUUUAUGAUGAAAUAGUUAGUCAACAUCGCUUUCAAGAUCCAUUAUUCACGAACAUGGAUGUUCAGAAAUGGAGCAGUGAUCCUUGGAGUGUUGCCACAUGCUUCAUUAAUACUACUGGCUACAAAGGCAAACAGUCAGCUAAAGACGUCGACUGCUCUGGUUUACUUAGUUUGUGCAUAAACAACAUUAAUAUAGAAAAUAUGCUUGGAAAAGAUAUAAUCAAUGGAGAAAAUGAUGCUUUUACAAAGGCACGAAAAUCACGGAAUGAUAUCCUUCACAAUCCACACUAUGAACUAUCUGAAAACCAACUAAACAUAUUUAUCAAAGAGUUCAAAGAAGUACUAGAAAUCAAGGACGAAAAUGGCCAUAAACCUCUAAAAGGGGAGCCAGGCGUUGAAAAUGCAUUAUAUUUACUUGAUAUGUUGCAGCAAAAUCAGAUUGACAUAAACCUUGAAGAUGAGAUAGGGCAACUGAGAGAACAUGGGAUGGUAAGAUUAGAAGAAAAAUACCAAACAGCAAGAGAACAGGCAAGAUUUAUAGAUAAUGUAUUUGAGUACUGUUAUAUCAAUAUUUUAUUACUAUUAUUGUACUUAAGACAAUAAUGAUUUAGUGUCUCUGAAACCUGGAUAAUAAAGCCAAAAUGUGUUUGAAAAAUAUACAGCGAUUCAAAAUGUACUAGCUAGUCUACUAGUAUUAAUCUAUAUGUACCAUUACUGAUAAUGAGAUAAUAAACUCAUAGUUUGUAC